UAUUGAAAUGUACGACUUAGUAUGCUAUCUAAAAAGUUAUGAAAACUUCGUGAUCUGUACAAAUUGCAUGGAGAUCAGUUCAGACCAGCGGUAGAACAGUAUGAUCCGUCGCCAUUUUGUUUAUUUUCGCGUAAAAGAGAUUUAAGGAAGCAUCUGAGCAGAUCUUUUUGCCUUUGUCCGUGAAAAGAUCAGCUGAAUGUAUUGAUAGUUACGUUAGAAGGUUGGAAGAAUAAAAUUCACAAAAAAAAUUAUUUGUAUAGUGCGUUAUUGACAGUUUGAAGAAAAGACUAAGAUCUAAAUUCCAAAAAUACGAAAUUUGUAAGAAAUACGCAACACUCACAACUAUAAACGUGCCGGUACCGCGGUACGGAAAACGUUUCUCGGAUCGGUUAGGAAAAAGUGAAGAAAUAAAAAGUGGAAAGUGUAAGCGAGAUAGGUGCUAUAAGAGUGAGAAAAGAAAGUCGUGACGACAAGAAGAGAAACGUAAGAAUUACGAAGAUAUCAUCCAAGGGUGGAAUAUAUACUGUGGGCGUCCCCCGAAAAAGCGGGGUCAUUGCAAGCAAAUAUUAGUCGUCAUCGUGUGGUGAAACGACAUCCUUAUUAAGUCGUUCUAGUGAUUAUAAUUCAACCAUAAUUAGAAUCGAACAAUUCCUGCAAUCGAAUUUUCUUGAACAAUAAUCGUUUGUCUUUAGUGAAAAUAACCAGUAUAUUGAACAACAGCAUUCGAUUUUCAUUAAAAAUUCGUUUGUGAUUGCACCAAUUAAAUUAAUUUCAGAAGUAACCUCGACGGCGAAAGCCGCCUACGAGGUUCCCGGCACAAUCAAAACGACCAUCAAUAUCGGUAUUGCAAUGAACCACGUUAACGAUCAGGAGAACCUUAAACAGCUCAACCUGGCACCAGUUCAGGUUAAUGAAGUUGAAGAAAUGGAUACACAAGAAGGAGAAACACCAAAUGAUGGUGGAGGUGAUGGUAAUGAUACCAGUCCUAUGAAUGGAGAAUCAGAAGUAGCUUGUAUAGUUCAAGAUCAGGAAAUGGAAGAAGAUGAAGCAAGGUCAGAAGCCACAUUUCGCUACACGGUGGAAAACCUUUCAAAGAUGAAGGAAACACAACUGUCUCCUCCAUGUUAUAUACGUAAUCUGCCAUGGAAAAUAAUGGUAAUGCCAAGGACGAGUCAAACUCAAGAUAGAACUCCUCAAAAGUCACUUGGAUUUUUUCUGCAAUGUAAUGGAGAAAGUGAAUCAACAUGGAGUUGUUAUGCAGUUGCAGAUCUUCGACUACUUUCUUGCAAAGAAGGCCAGGAACCAUUUAACAGAAGGAUUCAACAUCUGUUUUACAGUAAAGAAAAUGAUUGGGGAUUUAGUCAUUUUAUGACAUGGCAGGAUGUUUUGGAUCCUGAUAAAGGUUUUAUCAAAGAUGAUUCUAUUACACUUGAGGUUCAUGUAAUGGCUGAUGCUCCGCACGGUGUUAGCUGGGACAGCAAAAAGCAUACAGGAUUUGUUGGAUUAAAAAAUCAAGGUGCUACAUGUUACAUGAAUUCCUUACUUCAAACUUUGUAUUUUACUAAUCAGUUGCGCAAAGCAGUCUAUAAAAUGCCAACAGAAAGUGAUGAUUCUAGCAAAAGUGUUGCUUUGGCGUUACAGAGGGUUUUUCAUGAAUUACAGUUUUCUGAUAAACCAGUCGGUACAAAAAAAUUAACCAAAAGUUUUGGUUGGGAAACACUGGAUUCUUUCAUGCAACACGAUGUACAAGAAUUUUUACGAGUGCUUUUAGAUAAACUGGAAAGUAAAAUGAAAGGAACAUGUGUUGAAGGUACAGUGCCAAAAUUAUUUGAAGGAAAAAUGGUAUCAUUUAUCAAAUGUAAAAACAUUGAUUACAAGUCAACUAGGGUUGAGACUUUCUAUGACAUACAAUUAAAUAUAAAAGGCAAAAAAAAUAUUUAUGAGUCUUUUAAUGACUAUGUAAGUACUGAAAGUCUGGACGGUGAUAAUAAAUAUGAUGCGGGAGAACAUGGAUUACAAGAAGCAGAGAAAGGUGUUAUCUUUUCAUCGUUUCCACCAGUUCUACAUUUACAUUUAAUGCGAUUUCAAUAUGAUCCAGUUACAGAUUGUUCUGUCAAAUUUAAUGAUAGGUUUGAAUUUUAUGAAAAAAUAAGUCUUGGCAAAUAUUUACAAAACAAAGAAGCAACUAGUGCCGAUUAUACAUUACAUGCAGUCUUAGUUCACAGUGGAGAUAAUCAUGGUGGACAUUAUGUUGUAUUUAUCAAUCCAGCCGGCGAUGGAAAAUGGUGCAAAUUCGAUGAUGAUGUCGUGUCAAGAUGUACAAAACAGGAAGCCAUUGAACAUAAUUACGGUGGUCAAGAUGAGGAUAUGUCUAUAGCUGUCAAACAUUGUACAAACGCCUACAUGUUGGUGUAUAUAAGGGACUCUGAGUUGGAAAAUGUUUUGCAAGAAGUCAAGGAAGAGGAUAUACCUCAAGAGCUGGUGGAGAGGCUGCAAGAGGAGAAGAGGCUGGAACAAAUACGGAGAAAGGAAAGAACAGAAGCAUACUUGUAUAUAACCGUCAACGUCCUUCUCGAGGAUAAUUUUGACGGUCACCAAGGAAAUGACUUAUAUGAUCCGGAGCAUGCUUUGUAUCGUGUAUUUCGCGUACGUAAGCAGUGUGCCUUACACGAAUUUCUCAAAUUGCUGAGUGAUAGCUUGAAAUAUCCAAUAGAGCAAAUUCGUUUAUGGCCACUGAAUGUACGUUCAAAUCAGACCUGUAGACCAAUGCCAAUUGAAUUAGAAACCGAUCUUCCGAAAUCUAUUUAUCAAUGUGCAGAAAAUCCAAAUGUUUGGAAUGUAUUUGUUGAACUUGUUCCUCCAGAUUCCGAUCUAACAGCAUUACCACCUUUUGAUAAAGAUACAGAUGUAUUGUUGUUUUUUAAGUUAUAUGAUCCCAAAAAUAAAAAAAUUCACUACUGUGGACAUCACUACAUGCCUGUCACGGCUAAAGUCCAGGACCUUAUACCGAUUUUAAAUGAGAGAGCUGGAUUUCCACCAGAUACUGAACUAGCCCUUUAUGAAGAAAUCAAGCCAAAUUUGGUUGAAAAGAUUGACAGCUUAACAGAACCAUUAGAAAAAGUCCUUGAAGAAUUGAUGGAUGGCGAUAUUAUUGUUUUUCAGAAAGAAGGGGAUAAUCAAAUAUAUGAGCUUCCAACGUGUAGAGAAUAUUUCAAAGAUUUAUUCCAUAGAGUAGACAUAACAUUUUGUGAUAAAACAAUUCCAAAUGACCCUGGUUUCGCUAUGGAACUUUCAUUAAGAAUGACAUAUGAUCAGAUGGCACGAGCUGUAGCACAAAGGCUUGGUACAGAUCCAUAUCUUCUACAAUUCUUUAAAUGCCAGAGUUAUAAAGAUUCGCCUGGCCAUCCAUUAAAGUGUACAUUUGAAGGAUCACUUAAAGAUUUGGUUUCCUACUGUAAAUCAAAAACAAAAAAAUUGUAUUAUCAACAACUUAGUAUUAGAGUGAAUGAGCUUGAAAAUAAAAAGCAGUUUAAAUGCAUAUGGGUUGGCCCGUCUCUUAAAGAAGAAAAAGAAAUUAUUCUUUAUCCUAAUAAGGAUGGAACAGUAGCUACAUUGCUCGAAGAAGCUAAGAAACAAGUUGAGUUAGCAGAAAAUGGUUCUGGAAAGUUAAGGCUAAUAGAAAUUAAUUGUAAUAAAGUUUCACAUGGCCCAAGAGAGGAAGUAUUCUUGGAUAACUUAAAUCCAUCUGGUACUAAAUUAUACAGAAUAGAAGAAAUUCCAAAUGACGAGUUAAAUUUGGCAGCGGAUGAAAUGUUGGUUCCUGUUGCACAUUUUCAUAAAGAUGUUUUUUCAACAUUUGGUAUUCCCUUUUUCUUUAAAAUUAAACAUGGUGAACCUUUCCCAAAGAUGAAGGAAAGACUAUUGAAGAAACUAGGUGUGCAAGAAAAAGAAUUCGAAAAGUUCGCGGUGGUGUCAAUGGGAAAACCACAUUUUAUUAUGGAUUCACCAGAUUAUUGCAUGGACCUUGAAGAUUUUCGUUUUCAUCCAAGUCAGUUUUAUGCACUUUCAAACGCAGGCGCAACGCCACAUAUACCUUGGCUAGGCCUAGAACAUGUCAACAAAGCGCCAAAGCGCUCUCGUAUCAACUACCUCGAAAAGGCUAUUAAAAUUUACAAUUAAAUUUUCAACGUAUGAAGAAAAAUAAAAUUAGGCAGCCAUUCAUAUAAUUUACACGACUCUAUAGUAAAAAAACUAUGUUUUACAUGCGGUGAUUGAAAAUGCGUUUAUUCGGUUGUCCAACCAAAUAAUGCGCAAUUUCAACGUUAUGGUCAUGUUAAUGAAAGGUAAAUCUACGCUUUGUAUACGAUGGAUUGAGAAAUUGUACUGAUCAUGUAAUGAUAUUUUAUGCAUCAUGGAAGUUCUCCCUUUCGAAUCGACAGGGAUUUUAUGUAAUGGCCGGAUCGAUGAUACAACAUCGAUACCAUUAUGCUUCAACAACAAUGGAUUACACACUUCUAUCAGUGAAACCAAUUUUUGUAUUCAUAAAUAUUUUGCCUCUCGUUGACAAGCAAUUUGAUUAAUGCUAUUGAGAAUAAGGCAUGUGACUCUUACAAGAGCAAUAAUUUAUUUAUCAAACACAUUUUACUCUAAAACUGUAUAAUUGCAACUGCAAAAUGAAGAAAGCUUUCGUGUGGAGAAACAAAAAGGUAUUUAUACAUGUAAUAUAAUACUACUUUCUAGAAAGAUUCUUUUAAAAUUUUACCUUUGAUCCUGCCACGUAAAAUCUUUGUAACUGAUGUAAUAAGACCCAAAGAAACACUAUGUAAUGUUUUGUGUAAUGUAAUACUUAAAGUGUCAUUAUUAGAACAAAAUUAUUCACAUGCUCCUGUUUUGUAUUAUACUAAAGAAGUUUGAAAUGCAGACUUACAGUUACCUUGUAAUCUUAUAUUUUGCAUAUUAAGGUAAUUUUUGGCGAAAAAAUAAACGUUAAUAAUUUGUUUAUGGUAUCGUUUCUUGUAAAAUGCAUCUCUGUACAUGAAAAUGUAGUUAUCAUAUCCUUGAUUGAAGAGAAAUGUAAUCAGAGUAUGAUAUUGUUAUAUAAAAAAUUACUAUAAAGCAUCUAUAUAAUUUA